CCCACCAUUCUAUUCCCUGUCACAACCACCCUCAAGUCUCACAACAAACCUUCUCCAAGAGUCCCUCUUAUACAUUUUAUCUCCAUCCCUUCUUUCUCCGAACACAUCAACAAAAUGAAUAGGUGCAUGCCAGGUUGCUGUCCUCCCCGUCCAUGCUGCGUGGUUGGCUGCCCCUACGUGGUAACCCGAUGCAUGCCAACCUGUCGGCCAGCCCGUCCUUGUUGUGUCCCUAGCUGUCCUAACGUUGGGGACACUCGCAUUGGAGUAGGCAACUAUGCAGGCCAAGACUUCGCAAUGGACGUGGUGAACAACGAUGUUAUCGGCGGUCGUGGGAGGGCCCACAUCGCCGUUAACAAUGGCGCCGGACGUGACAACCGCGGUCGUGUCUUCGAGAACGGAAUCUACGGUGCCAAUGCGGACGUUGAGAUCGCCGGUGGGAACUACGGUGGACGUGAUAACUAUGCGGAGGUGUUCAGGAACAACGUGAGGGGUGGAGACUACGGUAACCAAGUCCGUGUAGGUGGUGGCAACUAUGCUGGUCAAGAUAACCGUGCUCGAGUGUUCUGCAACAACGUUGAUGAUGCGGUUGGAGAUGUGGAUAUAGGCAUGAGGAACGGUGCCGGAAGAAACAAUUACAUGGAUGUCUAUAACAACAACGUCCAAGGUGGCCGUGGAGGCGCCAGAGUGGGCACGGAUAAUUAUGGUGGUCGUGACAACGAUGGCCGAGUCGCCGGCAACUACACUCGCCGAGACUAGUAGUACAUUUACAUGAGUGCUUGCUGUUGGAGAUUUGUGUUCUUUUGCAAUUGCUUGCUUGCUUGCUUGCUUCCUUGCUGGAAUCCCUGUUUCCUUUUUCCUCUUAAUUUACUAGUCUUCUGUCGUGGGUUUUAUUAAGGUUAUGUCUGUUAUUUUGGUGAUUUAUUAGCUGAAUAAAGUUGAAGUUGUGAGAUUAUGGAGCUAA